UUUUGCUUCCUGGGCAAAGGACGUGGGGGCCCUUUUCUUGACUCGGGAAAGCGGCACCCUCGAUUCUUCUCUAGGGUUAGGAUGUGGAAACUGUGCCCGGCCGAUGAGACCGGAGGAGGACCGUUGUAUCGGCUUCUAGUUGGUGUUGAGUAUGUUGUUGGACGAAAGAAUUGUGGAAUUUUAAUUCAAAAUGAUCAGUCAAUCAGCCGAAGUCAUGCAGUUCUUUCAGUUAAUCAUCCCCAAGUGAAUCUUAGUCAAUCUUCAUCAUUUCCUGAAUUAACUUUAAAAGAUACUUCAAAAUAUGGUACCUUUGUUAAUGGAAAAAAGCUACAAAAUGGUGAUACCGUAACAUUAAAUACUGGUGACAGAAUCACUUUUGGAGUCUAUGAAAGCAAGUACAGAGUAAAAUAUGAACCACUGGUAGUGUGUUCUUCAUGCUUAGAUGUUUCGCAGAAAAAUAUUUUAAAUAAAAAUAUUCUUCAGCUGGGUGGCCACGUAGUAAAUGAAUGGAAUGAAGAAUGUACCCAUCUUGUUAUGGUUCUAGUCAAAGUUACUGUGAAGACAAUAUGUGCACUGAUUUGUGGUCGACCAAUUAUGAAGCCGGAAUAUUUUGAUGAAUUUAUCAAAGCCAUUCAAGCAAAGCAACAGUUACCACUGCCUGAAAGAUUUUUUCCACGAGUUGAUGAACCAAGUAUUGAGAAUGAAAAUAUAGAUCUGACCAAGUGUCCUAGAAGAAGAACUAUUUUUAGAGGAAAAUUUUUUAUGUUUCUAACGGCAAAGCAGGUAAAUGGCUCACUAUUCAAAGCCUUGUCUAGCCCAAGGACAUGCAAAUUGAGUUCAGCGAUUAAGCUUGGAGGAGGAGAGGCAAGACUGUUGACUGACGAAACAGAAUAUGCUGCUGCUUUAAUAACAUCUAACACUUGUGUCAUUGAAGUAGGAUCUACAAACUCCCAACCAUCAGUUUCUACUUUGGACACAAAAUGGAUUGAUAAUAUCACAGCUGCUUUACGAAGGAAGAACUACAGAACAAUCUCAGAGGCAGAAAUCGGUUUAGCGGUUAUUUUUGCAUCUACAGAAAAAUACUGUAAUCCUCAAAUUUCACCCAGUGGAGAUAUAAAAACUGCUGCCCUGGCAUCCCAGGUCCCUGAACAAAGUCAGUCUCAGAGUGUGGCAGUGGAGGAAACAAUAAUGCCUUCCAACCAAAAGGACAUCAGUGCAUUUGUAGCUGACACAGAAAUGGAUGAAGUGAUGGACACAUUACUUAUAGAAUUAUCACAAGAGGAAACAAAGGCUGCAAUCCAGUCACAGGAUAUAAUGAUUGUUAGGGAGACUCCAGAAGGAACAGGCCAUGGAAACCGAGAGAGAAUCUUGCCCCAUCUAAAGAAGACACACGGAGCUGACUUCACCAGUCAAACAUGUUUAUCUUCUGAAAUUUCAAGUCAUAACAGGAACAGAAAGGAAGAUUCACAGCAACUCAGUUCAAUUAAAAAUUACUUUCAGGCCACUGUUAAAAAAAGAGAAAGGAAUGAAAAAUUAGAAACACCAUUAUCAAAACAUGCAAAGAUGGAUAAGAAGUCAUCACAGGUUUCCCAUCAAACACCAUCUGUACCUUUUUUGCUACGGGAAAAUAAUGUGGAUUCUCAAAAAGGACAGUGUGCAGCAACACAAAGAGUAAGUGUCUCAAACAUGGACUCAAAAAAAUCUUCAAUAGUGGAAAAUAACAAGUUAGAGCAAACAGGAAUGGAAAGUAUCCCUGUUGAAAUGCCUGCAUCAAAGAAGAGAAAGAAAAUAGAGGAGCCUGUGGAAGAUGAAGCUUCAUUAGAACUUGUAUUUGCAAGCCAAGAGUUGGAUCCAGAAGAGAAUAUAGGAGUUCAGGAUGAAAAUGCAAAGAAGAAAGUGAAACUGGAUCUUAAAGAAACCACUUUAAGAAACAAAGAAACAAAAAUAGAAGCCACUAGAUUUUUGGAAAAAAAUGCGGAAUCCCUUCCAGCAGAAAACCAGAAAGAAGAAAUCAAAGAAGAGCCACCAGAACCUAAUUCAAGUAAAUGUGGAGAUGUUUCAAGUUAUCUCCCUAGUAAACUUUUGCUAAUGGAAUUUAGAUCUUUGGUUGUUACACAGCCAAAGAAAAUCAAUCCUCCAGCAAAUUCAGACUACGGGCAUCUGAGCAACUUUAAAAAAUUUAAAAAGAUAGCUUAUCCUGGGGCAGGGAGGCUUCCAAACAUUAUUGGAGGAUCAGAUCUGAUAGCUCAUCAUGCUAGAAGAAACCCUGACAUGGAAGAUUGGUUAAGACAAGAAAUGGAGGAGCAGAAUUGUCAAACAAGAGAGGAGUCACUUGCAGAUGAUCUGUUCCGAUAUGAUCCGCGAAUAAAAAGAAGAUAAUUGUACCUCUAAAUGCUUGCUAGUAAUAAACUGCAGUAUCAAAGAGUUACUUUAUAAUCAACCACAUCUGCUGAAAAUGUGACUUUUUAAAAAGAAUGUUUCUGUUUAUAAGAAACAGAACUUGAGACUAGUCCAAUUAGUGAUGGAUCCAAAACUAGCCAAUUUUCUUGUAGGCUUUGAAAUAUUAACCCAAAGGAAAAUAUUCAACAUCUAGUCUGAGCCAGAGAGGAAUUUUAUGUUUCCUGCAUUUGCAUAAUUUUCAAGCCUCUUUCAACCUUGUUACUAUUUACUGAAAUCCUCCCACCUACAUUUGUGUUGCAUGUCGGGUACAAGGAAUUGUGGGAAAUGUAGUUUUCCCAGCCUAGAAAAUCCAUUGAAUAGCACUGAAAACCUUGCUUUCAGUAUUUCCAUUAAAUACACUGUUGUAGCGUGUGGUGAAAACUAGUGGAUGAGGGAAGGUCUACAGAGCUGUUCUUGGAGUAGCUAGAAAGUUUAGUGAGAGAGGCACAGGAAGAGACAGAUGAUUCUGAAAGUAUUGCCAUGCACCUAUAGGAUUGUGGGAGCAAGAUACUGUAUUGUGCUGAUGAUUAGAGAUUUCAUCUAAACAAUCUUGGAACAAAUCUUGAAAAUAUCAAGCUUUUAGUAGCAUUCCAACAUAGGAAAGUUAUGGUUUUGGGUUUUUUUGCUGACCAGGAGUUUGCUUGUUGUCAGAUACUGAACUUAAUAUGUUUUAUGCCUUUAGAAUUCCAUUUCAAGGCACAUUUUAAGAACUUUCUAUGAAAGCCUUUGUUUUUAUAAAAAGAAAUGGAGAUACCACAUUUUUAAAAGGUAAUUUUAAAGUUUGUGUUUAAUUUAUGCAUUGCAUAAAUUAAACACAAAAGAUGUGUUUAUAGAUGUAUCUAUUUAUAAAAGAUGGACCUUUUAAUACGUCACACUUAUUAAACACAAGUUUAAACCAGAUGUUACAGACUAGUCCCUGUAAUAUUAACUACUCCCUUAACUAGUUCUAAGAAAAAGAUCCUGAUCCGGGAAUUUGAAGUAGGAUGUGCUUCAAAUUCCUUUCACAAUGGAUUUUCAGGGAAUUUCUGCCUGCUUAAAUAUAAAGGUUAAAUAAAAAGGUCUUUUUUAGUAUCUUAUUUUAAAUUUAGGAGUCUUCACUGUCAAGUUGAAUCACUCCAAUAUAGAUUUGCACUACAUAUUAUGCUAGAUAAAUGAAUAUUUUGUUGGUUUAGCUGAGUUAUUUUCAACUGGAGAAUCAUACCACAAAACAGCCAUUUGUGUAAACUAACCAAUAAACAUUUUCUGUGAGGAAAUGUG